AUGCUUGAUAGCAGAUACGGAUGCAGGCAGUGCGCCAGUAGCAUGAACAACAACCAUGUUGAGGUGUUGAAACCACCAGCUGGUAUGCUAAACCAAAACGGAGAGUUUGUCAGGGUAACCCGGGCUAUGGCUGAUGGCAGUAAGAGGUACUAUUUGCCCGACAAGCAGAGUUCCAGGAAUAUGCCCACAAGGACAUCAUCGUGUAUAAAUCCAGUAAUUACCAAAAGUGGUAGAGUGAGCAAGGCAUGUCGCUGCAGUAGGUGCCGUUAUCAAGCUAUGCCUCCAAUUAAGGAUCAUCAUGUCACUUGA